AUGACAUGUCAACUUCCCGCUGAUUGUUUGAAUGAAAUCUUUGAAUACUUGGCGGAAGACAAAAUUUCAUUACGCUCAUGUUUAUUGGUUAAUCGUUCUUGGUGCGAAGUUGCAGUUAGGAUUUUUUGGAGGAAUAUUUUUAGCAUCAAUCAUCGAGAACAUAUACCAUUAUCGACCCUUAGAACCAUAAUUGCUUGUCUCCCUAAUGAAUCAAAGGAACUUAUAUAUUUUAAUGAAAUUGUUGUUCGAAAUCCUAUCUUAAACCCACCAAUAUUUAAUUAUUUAUCAUUUGUCAAGGUCCUUUCAAUUUAUACGAUUGGUCAAAUUAUUGAAGAUGCGCUACGGAAUCGACAAAUUGAUUCUCCACAAAGCUUAUACUUUAUUAAAUAUUUAAUGUUACAAGAAUUAUUAAAAGGAUUCAUGAGUCAAAUAUCAUCUUUAAAAUCUUUGGAUUAUAAUUUAAGAUUAGAUACGGUUCAAUACAUGCCUUUUUCGUAUUUUCCAGGAGCAAAGGAUUGUUUGAAAGAUCUAACAGAAUUUAGAUGCGACUCAAACAUUUACCCUGAAUUUUGUUUUCAAAUAUCUCAAAUAUGUCAUAAUAUACAAUCAUUGACUAUAGAAUUUAAAAACAAUGUAUCGGAUGGGUUGAAGGAUUUAAUCACCUUCCAAGUUGAUUUAGAAUAUUUAAACUUGAUUGCUUUUGAUGACAAAGAUUGGAAGGAUAUCAUACCCGCUCUAACCAAACAUCAUAAUAGGUUAACAAAAUUACACAUUCAUACCGAUAAGGAAAAUGUGACAUUCUCAUUUAUCGCUUUAUUUGAGAAUUUACAAGAACUUCUUAUUUCGGAUAAUUGUUCUGAUCGAUAUAUUUCCGAUUUUGAUGAAUUACAAAACGUUAUCUUUCCAAAAUUACGAAUCUUAAAAAUUCCUGACAGAUAUCCACAAAUUGAAAUCUUCACGAAAUUUUUGGAAAAUAAUGGAAGUAAUCUUGUUGAAUUGACCUUAGCUGAUGUUCACAAAUCAGUCAAAUUAUCAAUAUCUCGUUUUUGUCCAAUUCUUAAAAAGCUCUAUGUAUUGUUUGAGAAGGAUGAAAUGAAUAUAUUAAAAGACAUACUUGAUAGUUGUCAAUAUUUAGAAAGUAUCAAAGUUUGGUGUGGUCACAACUUUUUAAAUGAGAAAGAGUUGCUCGAAGUUAUUGCAAGUUAUUCACCAAAAAAUUUUAAUGAAUUGAAGAUUUAUAAUGAUACUAGAUCAGAAUUAAUUCACCAGGACAUGGAAUCAUUUUUUUUAAGUUGGGGAAAUCGAAUUCCACAUAGACCAUUAAAUUUGUUUGUUAUCAAAAAUAAUGGUGGUUAUAGCUUGGCGUUGGAUGUGAAUGAAGAGAAUAUUAUAACAAUUGAAAAAUAUAGAAAAUUAGGUGUCAUCAAGAAAUUUGGAAUUGAAAACUUUGAUUAUUAA